AUGGCCACUGAGCAAUUUUUCCGAUCACUUUGUCACCGAAAAAUUCUUCUGGAUGAUAGUCCAUUCUUAGAUUCGAAUAGCCAGAAAGCCUUCGAAUCAUCCUAUUGUCUGUUGUAUGACAUAAUCAAACCGACAGGAUCAAGGCAAACCCAGAGCAGACGUGAUAAGUCACGACAACAUCUUAAGAAUGCUUACUCCAUAGGAAAGCCGCUCUUUAUCCUUGUUGCCGUCACAAUUUCCAUCUCUGAUUUGGCAUUACUGAACCAUGAUGAGAUUUUCCCUCGUCUCGAAGUCUGGUGGCAAAAUAAUGCACCCUCAGAGAAGUUCCAGUCACGCGCCAUCGAGCUCAUUCAAGAGCUGGACCAUGAAAAAGAGCGAGGAGGUCUUGCCCAUGUACAACUUGUAGAUAAUGAUAGAGCCGAAAGCGCGCAGUUAAGUGGAAACUCUGGUUCGUCUAUAAGUGACUAUGGUUGGUACGACUGCUAA